UAAAAAUUAUGUAGGGGAAUAACUUGUAAUGAUUUAGGUCUGUAGAAAAGGAAGGCAGUAGUGAUUUGGGGCCUCGGUAGUCGGCGGUGAGUGGUGAUCGGUCAUUGACGAUGAUGAACUGGUGUUCGACCAAGUGGAUGGCCACCACCCUCGGCUGCUUCGCCGGAGGAACCGCCCUCUUCGUUGCGGGCGCCUAUUUCUCCUACGUCAACAUCGAACCCCAACGAGCCCGCAUCCUCGCCCGUGACCAAUUACUCAAAGAUUACCUCUCCGCGUACGGGAACGACACUCGCUCGCCUCCUCUCCAGGUACUUCCCGUCCCUGGAUUCCCUCUGAUCUCGACCUUGUCGCCCGCGCCGCCGCCGUCCACGCCUCCACCGUCUAGCACCACACCCCCUGUACACUCGGGCUAGGAUGAAGUAUUGAUUACAUGUUCUGAAACCUUGUUGAAGGGUCGUGCACUUGUACAUAGUCAUUCGUGAAUUUUCUGAUUUCUUGCCUAGCCUGUAUAAUAAUAAAGGACACAGAUAGUAGCAUACAUUUAAGCUUCAAGUCUAUACUCUUCGAUGAGUCUAUCAGAGAAAUGGCACUCAGUUGCCUUGAAUCAUUGAUGGAUAUUUUAUCCUUGUGGUUCAUGCCGUGCUACAAUAGGUCUGCUACAGGGAUGAGGAAAUUUGGAGAUUCAUGCAAUUGCAAUGUUGCCUGGUAUCAUGUAAUACCAUGUGCAUACAU